AUGGCCAAGCCACUGACCGACCAGGAGAAGAGAAGACAGAUCAGUGUCAGGGACAUUGCAGGGCUCGGUGAUGUCGCGGAAAUAAAGACCAACUUCAACAGGCAUCUACACUUUACACUGGUGAAGGAUCGCAAUGUUGCCACCCCAAGAGAUUAUUACUUUGCCCUGGCACAUACCGUCAGAGACCACCUGGUUGGAAGGUGGAUACGCACCCAGCAGUAUUACUAUGAAAAGGACCCAAAGCGAAUCCACUACCUGUCUUUGGAGUUUUAUAUGGGUCGGACCCUUCAGAACACCAUGAUAAACCUUGGCCUCCAGAACGCAUGUGAUGAAGCAAUAUACCAGCUUGGUUUGGAUCUGGAAGAACUUGAAGAUAUAGAGGAAGAUGCUGGGUUAGGCAACGGAGGACUAGGGCGUCUUGCAGCUUGCUUUCUGGACUCCAUGGCCACCUUGGGUCUGGCUGCCUAUGGUUAUGGGAUCCGCUACGAGUUUGGCAUCUUCAAUCAGAAGGUUACCAAUGGCUGGCAGGUGGAGGAGGCUGAUGAUUGGCUGCGCUAUGGUAACCCUUGGGAGAAGGCACGGCCUGAAUACAUGCUACCUGUGCAUUUCUAUGGCCAUGUGGAGCACACUGCAGAGGGUGCCAAGUGGAUCAACACUCAGGUUGUUCUGGCCAUGCCCUACGACACUCCUGUACCCGGAUACAAGAACAACACGGUCAACACCAUGAGGCUGUGGUCAGCCAAAGCACCCAACGACUUCAACCUGGAAGAGUUCAAUGUUGGGGAUUAUAUUCAGGCAGUACUGGACAGGAACCUUGCAGAAAACAUCUCCAGGGUUUUGUACCCCAAUGACAAUUUCUUUGAGGGGAAGGAGCUGCGUCUAAAGCAGGAGUAUUUUGUGGUGGCCGCCACACUGCAGGACAUUAUCAGACGCUUCAAGUCCUCCAAGUUUGGCUGCAGAGACCCAGUCAGGACGUCUUUCGAGACUUUCCCUGACAAGGUGGCCAUCCAGCUAAAUGACACCCACCCAGCCCUCGCCAUUCCAGAACUCAUGCGCAUUCUGGUGGACGUGGAGAAGCUUGACUGGGACAAGGCGUGGGAGAUAACCACCAAGACAUGUGCCUACACAAACCAUACUGUUCUCCCAGAGGCUCUGGAGCGAUGGCCUGUCACCAUGUUUGAACUCCUCCUGCCUAGGCAUCUCCAGAUCAUCUACGAGAUCAACCAGCGCCACCUGGAUAAAAUCAAAGAGCAGUUCCCAGGAGACAUGGACCGCUUGCGAAGGAUGUCCCUGAUUGAGGAAGGAGAGCCCAAGAGGAUCAACAUGGCUCAUCUGUGUGUAGUGGGCUCCCAUGCGGUCAAUGGAGUAGCUCAAAUCCACUCAGACAUCGUCAAGAGCACUGUCUUCAAGGACUUUUAUGGCAUGGAACCAGAGAAAUUCCAGAACAAAACCAAUGGAAUCACUCCUCGCCGUUGGCUGUUGCUGUGUAACCCUGGUCUUGCCGACCUCAUCACUGAGAAAAUUGGAGAAGACUUCACGACUGACCUUUUUCAGCUCAGGAACCUGCUGGACUUCAUUGACGACGAGGCUUUCAUCCGUAACUUGGCUAAUGUUAAACAGGAAAACAAGCAGAAAUUUGCAGUGUAUCUGGAGAAUGAGUACCACGUGAAGAUCAAUCCAGAGUCCAUCUUUGACAUCCAGGUCAAGAGAAUUCAUGAGUACAAGAGGCAGCUCCUCAACUGCCUGCACAUCAUCACUUUCUACAACCGCAUUAAAAAAGAUCCAAACAAGGUCUUUGUCCCAAGAACAAUCAUGAUUGGAGGAAAGGCUGCCCCCGGAUACCACAUGGCCAAGCUGAUCAUUAAGCUCAUCACUUCAGUGGGGCAGGUGGUGAAUAAUGACCCAGUGGUGGGAGACCGGCUGAAGGUGAUCUUCCUGGAGAACUACAGGGUUUCGCUGGCAGAGAAAGUGAUCCCAGCAGCUGACCUCUCGGAGCAGAUCUCCACAGCGGGCACCGAGGCCUCUGGGACGGGUAACAUGAAGUUCAUGUUAAAUGGCGCCCUCACCAUCGGCACCAUGGACGGAGCCAACGUGGAGAUGGCCGAGGAGGCAGGCGAGGACAACCUCUUCAUCUUUGGCAUGAGGGUGGAGGACGUGGACGCCAUGGAUCGGAAGGGAUAUAACGCUAAAGAAUACUACGAUCGACUCCCAGAGCUGCAACAGGCAAUUGAUCAGAUCCGCAGUGGAUUGUUCAGUCCCAAAGAGCCUGAGCUCUUCAAGGACGUGGUCAACAUGCUGAUGAAUCACGACAGAUUCAAAGUGUUUGCUGAUUACGAGGCAUACAUUGCUUGUCAGGAAAAAGUGAAUGAACUUUACAAGAACCCAAAAGAAUGGACCAAGGUGGUCAUCAGGAACAUUGCGGCCUCUGGCAAGUUCUCCAGUGACCGCACCAUCUCUGAGUACGCCAGGGAGAUAUGGGGCGUGGAGCCGUCCAACGUCAAGAUCCCUCCUCCGAAUGAGCCGCGCAUCAGCGGAGAUGCCUGAGCCGCAAUCCCUACACUAUCCUCUUCCUCGCUGACUUCUUUCAUCACUCCGUCAGUUACCGCGUCAACCCAGCGAGUCGAGGGGAUGUCAUUAACAGAUCCAACAAGCCUGUUUGAAAAAAGUUGCCUUAUUGUAUCUAACCUUUUGUUCUUUCACUUUUAAAGGUAAUGCCCCUUAAAUCCACCCUGUGCCCUUAGGCUGUGGGUGGCUGCCGUGCCUCAAUCUUUUGUAUAUCACCCGUCAGGCCAGACGUAUUGUGCAAUUGUACAAGCUAUACAUUUGGGAUCAAUAUGAAAUGACACGAGUUGUCAUAUUGUCCUUGGUGUGAAUGUGAAUGUUAAAUAAAUUAUACAAAAGUGCAAAAAGCAAUACAGUAAAUCAAACAAUAGUGAGAAGUAUAAUGUUUCUGUAUGGAUGUCAGUUGGAUUUCUUAACCAUUUAGUCACACCGUGAAUUAGGAAACCUAGAGUCCAGUUUCUAGGCAUGUCGUGUGAUGCAUCUUAAACACAUAUGGAAAUAACAAUGUUUGGGGCAGCUCAACAAUGUGAGGCAUUUCUAGGAAUUACUGGGGGAAAAAAACAAAAUCCAAAACAUCAGCUUCAUGUUCAACCUUUACAACUUUUGCUGUAUUUGUGCUGUGCAUGAUCUAUAAUGAUCAGGUAAACCCCAAAGCUACCUUUACAGAUGCAUACAUGUCUCUAAAUUGAAUGUACAAAGUCUUUAAGGCUGUGUCCCUGAACAAGUACUGUAUGAAAUCAUUUUGAUAUAUUAAAAGUCAGAUUUAACUGAUACUUAAAUAAACACUUAAAAAUUA